AUGACGGAGGCCCUCUCGGAUUUCGAGGCCUACCUGACUACCUACCGGCGCGACUACGCCGUGCGAACCCUCGAGAUGACCGGCCCUCUCCCGCAGUCCAUCCCCGCGCCCGUGAAGACCCAGGGCGCCGGGCUGGAUUCGAACAAGCGGCCGCGGCGGCGCGGCCGGCGACCGGCUGAGGCCAGCUCGCUGUCGCAGAAUGGCGGUGGGUUCAUCCUGCCCGGCCGCAGUCUGACCGUCGGUCCUGCUCCCGGCGUUCCGCGCCCACCGUCGCACGGAGACGAGCGCGAUCAUCAGGUGUCGGAAGCGCUGAAAAUCGACCUGCCAGACGGCGACAACACCGACUACAAUCAGUGGCUGCUCUCCAAACUACCCGAGAUCGUCGAGAAGUGCUGCCGACAGCAGGAGCCUCCACCUCGGGUGAUCGAGGUCCUUCCGCCGCCGGUGCGCCGCAAAAUCCGCAUCAACGUCACAGCCAACCCGAACCGCACCUCGCCCGGUCGGCGGCAGGACGAUCACCCUGAAGACCCGGUCGAGGGCUCCACGGACGAGUUUGUGUUGGACGGCGCUGAGCUGCGGCAGGUGCACCGGGCGCGCUCACCGUCACGGCGGCGGCGGCGGCAGCGGCGCCGGUCGGAGCGCAGAGGGACCUCCUCUAGCGCCAGUUCUCUGGAGUCUGUGAGACGGACGGCGGCGGGGGACGCAGCCACAGCCGAGCUGGUGCGCAGGGUACUGGAGGAGAUGUUCGGCCCGCGACCGGCAACCGGCGGUGGCGGCUCUGAGAAGCAGAAGGAAAACCUCAGCAGGAAUAGGAACAGGUCGUGUCAGACCAGUCCUCGACUGGCUUCCGGAAUGAAUGAGAGGAACAAUGGAUGCGGAGAGGGACAGGUCCUCACAAAGCCUGCAGUUCAAACUGAGCCACCUACCGCCACCGAUGCAGCUGCCCAAACGGAGCUAUCCGUGCUGUCCCCGCGGCGCCUGCCGCCUCCCCCAGCCGUCGUCAGGUCUAUGUCUCCUUCACCGCGACCUCGAGACACGUCCCGAUGCAUCCUGGACACCCUGACCGAGUCAAACCGACUCCUCAGACAAAUGUCCGAGUUUUUCCGCCGAGCCGAGCUGAACGAUCGCAUCACUCAGCGAAUGGAGCUCGGAGACGCGUCCAGCCCUCGGCCGGAGCUGCCCUCCAAACGGGCGGGCGGAGAGGUCAGGUCUCCGACCCGGCGGUACCUGGGCGGAGACAGCUGGCGGUACACGGACCAGGCACCGACCGGCGGCGGGGGCACGACACGCAGCGACGGCGGCCUCUCGCACGGCGACGGUGUGCGCCCCUGCACCCUGCGGCAGUGUUCCGACAGCGAGCUCAGUGCCCGUAUCCGGCGGUUCGCCGCCGAGCAGUCCAGCCCGGGACGCGGCUGGGAGCGGCCGCGCAGUCCGACACCCGUCACCCAGCUGCCGCUGCCGAGCGGCGGCGACUCGGUGCCCAGCUCGGGCCGCUCGUGGGCCAGUCCGCAGCUGCUGGAGCUGCACAGCGAGGACCGGCCGUACCGGCCGCUGGUCAGCCCGCCGCCGAGGCACGCCGACACGCCGCGGUCCGAGUCCGGGGCGGAGGACGGGCCGCGCACCUCCAGCCCCGUGGCGGCGGCCCCGCCGCCCGUCUGCUCCCACCGACAGGCCGCCGAGGACAUCGACAGCACAGACGUGCUGCUCAGCUACGACCCCUGGCACGCCAUCGAAAACGACUUCAAAACGCUACUCAACUGA